CGACUUCUCGCCCGCGUCGCUAGCAGCCUCCAAGGCCACCCGAUUGUUCCCAGUCCUUGCCAGCAGCCAACUCGUCAACACCACACAAAGUCUCCUGUCCCGUCCUCUGCGUCAAGAUGGCGUCCUCCUCCUCCAACGUCGUCGGUGUCCACUACCGGGUCGGCAAGAAGAUCGGCGAGGGUUCCUUUGGUGUCAUUUUCGAGGGCACCAAUCUGCUCAACAACCAGCAGGUUGCCAUCAAGUUUGAGCCCCGGAAGAGUGAUGCACCUCAACUCCGUGAUGAGUACCGCACGUACAAGAUCCUCGUCGGCUGCCCUGGCAUUCCCAAUGUCUACUACUUUGGCCAGGAGGGACUUCACAACAUCCUCGUAAUUGACCUGUUGGGCCCGUCUCUGGAGGACUUGUUUGACCACUGCAACCGGCGAUUCUCUAUCAAGACUGUCGUCAUGGUCGCCAAACAAAUGUUGUCCCGCGUCCAAACAAUUCACGAGAAGAACUUGAUCUACCGUGAUAUCAAGCCCGACAACUUCCUCAUCGGCCGUCCCGGGACCAAGGCGGCGAACAUCAUCCAUGUCGUCGAUUUUGGCAUGGCCAAGCAGUACCGCGACCCAAAGACCAAGCAACACAUCCCGUACCGUGAGCGCAAGUCCCUCUCCGGUACCGCGCGUUACAUGAGUAUCAACACCCACCUGGGACGCGAGCAGUCUCGUCGUGAUGAUCUCGAGGCCCUUGGCCACGUAUUCAUGUACUUCCUCCGGGGUGGGCUGCCUUGGCAAGGUCUCAAGGCUGCUACCAACAAGCAGAAGUACGAGAAGAUUGGCGAGAAGAAGCAGACGACCGCCAUCAAGGACCUGUGUGAAGGCUUCCCCGAGGAAUUCAGCAAGUACCUGACUUACGUCCGCAACCUUGGCUUCGAGGAUACUCCCGACUACGACUACCUGCGGGAGCUAUUCACCCAGGCCCUCAAGAACACUGGUGAGGUGGAGGAUGGCGAGUACGACUGGAUGAAGGUCGGCAAGGACCCCAGCAAGGGCUGGGAUGGCAUGCACGGCAAGCAUGGCGCCUACCACAACCCCAACGCCAGACCCGGUGCUUCCCAGAUGGAACUUCACGGUCAAUCACGCGCCGGUGCCAGCACUCCUCAUCUGACACGCGACCGUUUAAACGCCGCGCAGCCCCCACCUCCGUCUCCAGCGAAGGCGACGGACAAGCGCCGACCAAACGGGCCCGCCAUGGCCGGCCAGCGUGGCAGCGGGGUGGGGGGUCUCCGGGACAUGGCGACUCCGACAGGGUCAACUCAGGCUCAGUUCCAAAACAGCACCCAGAACCUGCCGCCCCGAAUGGCGCCUCAGACGAGCGCGGCAACCCCUCAAGCCGCUGCCAGUAACGGCCGUCCUGUGGACGCUCAGCCGACAGGCUUCCAGAAGUUCAUGAAGACUAUCUGCUGUGGUUGAUUUCUGCAUAGUCGCCGUGGAUAAAGAGACGCCAGAGUGACGUAGCAUUUGCUUCCCAGCAUCACAUGCAAUCACAAUCUACCAAACAAUUUGUGGGACAUCGUUCAGGACAACACCAAGUAUGACUUAGGUCGUGUCGUUCCCAUCCCGGC